CCCCACCACUUUGGCCGGCAUCGCCUCCUCCAUCCUCCUGUUUGUGGCCAUCAUCGCGACCAUGGUCUGCUGCUUCAUGUGCUCCUGCUGUUACCUCUACCAGAGAAGGCAGCAGAGGGGAAGGACACCGUACGAUGCCCAGCAGAUCCCCAUGUCCAGCUACCCGGUGGAGCCCAUGUACGACGCUUAUGGAAAACCUCUGGGGCCCUCUGAGUAUCCGCAUGCGGGUUAUCCAAUGGCGCCCCAGUACCCUGGCAUGCCUCCACAGUACCCGAUGAUGCAGCCUGGACCUUAUCCACCACACCUGAUGGAUCCUGCGUACAGCCAGGCCCCUCCACCUUACUCUCCACCUCAGUAUCCUGGUCAUUGAUGGGGCUCGUCUACACACACACACAGACAGACAGACAGACAGUGGGAAACAACCGCAACUGAGAGAAAAAGGACUGUUUCAAAAGGAGAAGGCAGCAGCGCUCUCUCACACACUCAAACAGACACACAUACACUCAAACACUACAGCUUGACUAGCAGUGGUUCGCCUGUUUUUAAAGAGAACAGGAGGCACUUUAAGGUUUUUUUUUUUGUUUGUUUGUUUAUUUACAACAUUGUCCUACUUUUCUGAAGUAUUUACGUAAGUGAAAUUGUGUUCUGCAACAUGACGCCUGAUUGCUCCCGGCGGGUUUUCACAGAGGGCGUCACACUAUCCCCCAAAAGUGAGGAGGUCAUACGGCCGGCGUCUCAACUCUGCACUGCCCCCUCCUGCUCCGACACACUCACCUCAACGACAGGGUGUCACUUAACGACAGGGCUCUUUACCUAACAGACGAGGGGGUCAGGAGGGAUUUACAUAAAUGAUAAUGCUCUCCCUCUUCUUCGUAUUUAAGGGGGGGUAAUGCUUUUACUUCUUCACUUUUGGUAAAUUUGAAUGAAUUGAUAACUGCCUAAGUCUACAUUCCACGUCAUCUUGGUCUUUCUCCAAAUGUGAUCAUGAUGUCUUGAUCUCUGUAUUUGAUGGUUUGGGUUUUUUUUUUGUUUUUGUUUUGUAAUGUAGUAUCGGCUAAAGUAAAAAAACAAACAAAUCGCAUGUUUGAUUAAAAAGGUGACGUAUGGCUCGAAGGCAGUGCAGUACUCUCCUAAAUGUUCUCAGAUGGCCGAAUGGAUUUUAAGGUACUCCUAAUUCUGUGUAAGAAGCCUUUAGUCACCUGUUAGUUUGUCUCUUCUUUUCUUUUUUGUAUGACUCGACUAAUUUACUUCAUGGUAGUGUAUUGGCUGCACCAUUGUGAUGUAACAUCUCAACAUCAGCAUGCUACCCCAAGUCAAAGUCAUCUGUCCUCUAAUGCUUCUUUUCUGGUUUUAAAUGAAUUAGAAAAUGAGUCUUUAGAUUAAUCCCAUAAUGCCAGGUAGGACGUUUUACAGUGAAAAUUCAUGUUAACUGUUUAUUUUUGUUUUUUCUCGUAACAUAUCAGGUCAGGGGAGUUGCAGGUCAUGCUGCUUAAUUAAAACAAAAUGUCCCGCCUUACAGUAAUUAACCAUAAGAAGAAGAAGAAGAAAAAGAGAUUAACUAUUUAAAUACAUAUUUUGUAAAUCUGUUCUUCAGCUAAAUAUUUUAUGAUAUUGUAACAAGUUAUUUUAAACCUACUGUAUUGUUAUUGUAACAUACGAUAUGAUGUUUGAGCA